AUGGGACGCAGACCGAACCCUCUGAUCCUCGAGUACUUCGAGCGCGGGCCCAAGUUGAACGACAACAGCAAUCGAUACCCUCAUACGUGCAAGCAAUGCGGAGAGAACUUCCCCAAGGGUCGAAUCGACAGUUUGACAACUCAUAUCACCAAACGAUGCCCCGCCAUUUCCGACUCGGAACGCAUGCGAGCCUGUCUCGAACUCCACGGCAUCACACAAGCGAGAACGGCUGCCGAGCGACACCAACAAGUCCAGGCGGCCCAGGCGGCCCAGGCUGCAGCUCAGGCUAAUGGACAGCAGAUAUCUCCGAGUGCGCUGCCUCAGGGAUGGAGUGCACUUGAGACUCUGGCAGAGGCUUCGCGUCAGGUAGACUUGAAUGAGAACAGCCGCGGAAAUAAACCCUCGACGGCGCAACCACAAGCAAAUGGCGUCCAAAAUGCGGAGCGAUUCGAACUACAGGAACAGUAUACUCUCGAUAACCCACCUACCAACUAUGAAACUACUCGGGCGCAGGCAACCGGGAAGAAGGGCACAGCAGCUUUCCAAACACCUCCGCCCACCGCCACGGAACUAUCACCAGAAGAGAGACUCCAGGCCCUUCUUCCAGCGAGCGAAUCCUCUCCUGACGCGACUAACCUCUCUGUCGCGGUGGCCGCUGCUGCUCGUCUCAACCCGUCCUUCCUCGACCCUCAACUCGUCAAUGGCGAUGCGACCCCUACAUCUCCAUCUGUUGCGGAUAGCGCCGGGGCAGCGGCGGCCGACAGCACUCCUACCACGGCCGUCGAUACUACCGCUAUUCAACCUUGGGGAGAAAUGACCUACUUGACAGUUACAUCGCCAGCUCCCAUUCCUACAGACAACCCGCCAGUGGCGCCUCUCCCGCUGAUUCGAGGCGGCGUUCGCAUGGAUACAAGUGCAGGCGUACUUAAUGGAAGAUCCCGUAACUUCAGAUCAAAGUUCACCGCUGCCAGGCGUCAAGAAGUCAAAGAGGUUCGCAAGGUGGGGGCUUGUAUUCGAUGCCGUAUUCUGCGCAAGAUCUGCAGCAAAGGAACGCCGUGUGACACCUGCCGCAAAGUUCUUUCCCCUCGCGUUUGGAUGACGGGUUGCGUUCGCUCACGCUUACACGAGCAAUUGGAUCUGUACUCUGCCGGAGUCCAAGUUGUCUUAUCCCAAAACCGCAUCAAUAUGCUCAAGGAGCAACUAAACCUGGUGAAUAACGGCGCCGUAGUCGAAGUUUCCCACUUUGCAGAAACCAACAAAAACAUUGUUCUAGCCGCGGCCGCGGCCGUAAUAGAGCCCCUCCAGCAAGAAGGUGUCACGCCCGAGGCCCAGGAAUCCCUCCACCAAGUCAUCAUGAUUGAUCAAGACAAAGACGACGUGCCCGGAAAAGUAGAAAGCUACAUGCGCGACGUUCUAGACCUCUUCAUCGAGCGCGAGCCGUCCAAGUUCAUGCGCGUCACCCUCGAAACGGCCAAGUCGCAGCUCGCCAUUAAGACGGACGAGCCGCUCAAAAAAGCCCUCGAGCUAUGGGGGCUCGUGGAAAGCAUCGACCGCGAGCGGCAAUGGAGCAUCGCCGAAAAGCCCAGCGCCGACUCCGAACACGGGCGUCCCAUCAAGGAGGCGGAAAACGAAAGCGACGCAGACAUCUACACCAUGAUAUGCAUGCAGCUCAACGCCGCGGCGGAGCGCAAGGCAAAUAGCACUUCCAAGGCUCUGCUGAACCUCAUGGACCGCCAGUUGGCAGACAGCAAAACCAAGGUCGGCUUCAACAUUUACCUAGCGGCCUUGAUAUUCCUCAACUGCGUCGAGAAGUCGACGUGGGCGUUCAAGGCCUGGGAACAAGACCACCUGCGUCCCGGCUGGCCGCUCGAGCGCGACCCAAGCGUCUUCACCCAGCAGGGCGGCAACUUGGCCGGCCUGAUCAAGAUGCUCCUGGGGAUACGCAAGGCGCUUCCGCAGACGUGCCGCGGCGCGGAUGGCAAGCUGGCCACGCAGGACCAGGAUGCUGUCGUGGUCAAGUUUUUCCAGGACCUGGACAUGGAGUAUGACACUAUUGAAGCUCGCCAGCGCGGCUCGCAGUUCUCCCCUGCAGACUCGCGCUCGCUCGAACUCAUGUUCUGCUCGCACUUGCUGCUCCCUAAUGCACCGGCGUAA